AUGCAAGCAAAGCAUGCAAGCAAUCAAACGUGGACCGCAGCCUCCUUGAGAUUUGUGGCCAUCCUUCUUCCUACACUUCCCAACUUCUUCGCUUGUCUUCCUCCUCCAAAGAUCCUCCGAAUCUUCCUCUUUCCCUCAACUCAUCAUCUCCAGAUCUCUGUCUCCAUUUCCAAUCCAUCCUUCAACAAUCCACCAUGAAAGUACUCUACCCUCCCUCCUCCUACCUCCACAACCACAGCCCCAGCCUCCUCCUCGUCUCCUCCUCCCAUCGAUCCCACCGGAAAUCCAUCGCCGUAUCAUCCCCGCCGUCCAUCCGCCGUCCUGAUGUCGAUAGGUGCUCACUAUGGAGCCAUGGAGGACCCGCUUUGUCGUCACGGCCGAGACCAAGAUUGGAUGGCGCGAGUGGAAUUGGGGCUGGUGAGCCGCGGGAUGAGCUUGGACUCUUUUUGGAUCUUCUCCCUUUGAGAAUGCGGAGGGAGCUGGUGAGGCAUGAGGAGAUUGGUGAUUUGAUUGAGAUUGUCAUGGAUUUGGGGAGGAAGCCCAUUGCUCGGUUUCCCUCUGGUGAUUGGUUUCUCUCCGACAAACCUAUUGGGCUUGAAGACCUCCGGCAUGCUAUCUCCAAGGUGGGUGAAUUUUCAGAUGAUAAUAGGUCUGGAAUCAAUAAUUCUUUGCACAGGAUUAGUGCUAUUCGGAACCGAAAAAUGCAAAUUAUAGGACUUACUUGCCGAGUUGGCCGGGCUGUUUCUGGAAGUGCAGAGAUGUUGCGUGAUUUGGUUGAAGGUGGGGGUUCUAUCCUGGUUAUAGGACCUCCUGGAGUUGGUAAGACGACCUUGAUAAGAGAAAUAGCUAGAAUGUUGGCAGAUGAACUCAAGAAACGUGUGGUAAUAGUCGACACAUCUAAUGAGAUCGGAGGAGAUGGGGAUAUACCUCAUUCAGGAAUUGGACAUGCCAGAAGAAUGCAAGUUCCAAAUGUUAACAUGCAGCACGACGUUAUGAUUGAAGCAGUUGAAAAUCAUAUGCCAGAGGUCAUUAUUAUUGACGAAAUUGGCACAGAACUUGAGGCAAGGGCAGCCAGUACUAUUGCUCAAAGAGGUGUUCAACUUGUAGGAACAGCACACGGCGUGACAAUUGAAAGCAUUGUUAAAAAUCCUUGUCUCCAAGAACUUGUUGGGGGAAUAGAGAGUGUUACUCUGGGUGAUGACGAGGCGAGAAAGAGGAAAGUGCAGAAGACAAUUCUUGAGAGGAAAGGGCCACCAACGUUUACUUGUGCUGUUGAGAUGAUAUCCAAGACUGAAUGUCGGGUUCAUCACAAAUUAGAAGCAACUGUGGAUACCAUUUUGGCAGGAAAGCCACCUUUAUUUGAAGUACGUAAGAUGGAUUUGAAAGCAAAUAACUCUAAGAAUUCUCCUGAGGCAUUUGAGGAGCAUAAAAAAGAAAUGCUUGUUGCUCGCAAAGAUGAUCAGGACAUGGAGCCUGGGCCUUCCACAAAUGAUUUUUGUAAAACUCCUGGACACCCCGAGAAAAGCAGUAAGACAUGUGGAUCAAGAAGCUCACUGACACGUGUGUAUACUUACAAGAUAUUGGAAGCUGACCUUCUGCAAGUAGCCAAGGUUAUGGGACUUGAAAAUGAUAUAGAUGUAACCGACGACAUUAUAACAGCAAAUGCAAUUCUUGCAUCAAAAUCUGAAAUGAAGGCAAAUCCUUGGAUACGAAGUGUUGCUAAAUACCAUCAGUUGCCAGUAUUCGUUAUUAAGGAGAACACUAUGGCACAAAUGGUUAAGGCUGUUAGAACGAUUCUUGGGAUGGAUAUGUUAGGAUCCACACCACAGAAUCCAGUUAAGCAUCUCGCAAAAGAUAUUGAAAUUGAAGAUGAUGCACCCGAGAGAAAACCAUCCCUGGAGGAAAUUGAUGCUUUAGAGGAGGUUCGAUUGGCAAUUGAAUACAUAGUAAUUCCCGGUGGAGAACCAGUUGAACUCCUUCCAAGAUGUUCGGAAAUAAUUGCCCGCCAGUUAGAGCUCGUGGAGAGCUAUCAGCUCGCUGCAGAGAAGUCGGGCACUGAGUUGAACUCCAGGUUACAAAUUCUUCCUCAGAAGUUGAACAAGAAAGCUUCAUUGGGUAAAUGUACAUUUCCUCUCUCGAGUAAAUUAUCAGAUAUUGAUUCUCUAACCAGCGGGAACGCCGGUGCUAGUGUUGCCCGGUUGCCUCUUUUACCAGAAUAGGUGAUUCAGAUGAUAAUUGUAAUAUAUAUAUAUAUAUAUAUAUAUGUAUGUAUAUCAAUCUUCAGUUUUUUACUUGUAUAUAUCAUGUAUAAUGUAUUAAUUACGACUUUGAUUGUGUAAUAUCAAUCAAAUGUGCAAUGUGAUUCAUUCCAUUUAUUCA